CAGAGACAUUUUGAAGCAAUGGGUAAGCUCAAGAAAAACUCCAGAUCAUCAAGACAUCGUUCCAAUCCAUUGGCUGUCUCUCGUAAAGCGACGUCGAGUAAACAGGAUGAACAACUCACAAAGAAUAAGAUCCUACCUCUCAUUGCUAAGCUGAAGUCCACAACGCCUAAUGAGAAGUCCAUGGCGCUUGGGUCCAUCGCCGUGAUGAGUGAUGAUCCAAAGUUCCGUAAGUUGUUACUUAAGGAGAGAUUGGUUCAAAUAGUCCUGGAACAGUGUCUCACUGACUCCAACUCUGAGAUUGUCGUUGAAUCCUUUGGGCUGUUGAGAAAUUUGGUGUUGGAGGAAGGUUAUGACGUUGCUGUGUACCUGUGGAGACAGAACAUUUGGAGGGUGAUUCAGGAUAAUUUGAACAAAUGUGUCAAGGGAUGGCACGUCUAUAAGGUGGACGCAACAUCUUUGGAUAAGGUUGCCAAGUCGUUGUUGUUUGAUAUGAUUGAGAAUCUGAUCUCUUUAAUUGUCGGGUUGUGUGAUUCAAGUGACGACAUAUUCAAUGCUGUUAUGAAGGAGAUGAACUCACUCAGAGAAUUCUUGAAGGAUAUCCUUGCGGUCGCAUUGGACUUCAAGAACAAAGAACUGAAGAUAACAGUAUCUCUGUUCAACGCGAUCUUGGAUCUCAUCUACGAUUUCAGUACCAUUAGCGAUGAGUUUGUUCAAAGUUUGACAAGCGAAUGGGACUUGAACUUUGAGUUACUCGAAACCUUUGUGAAUGAGGUUCCUAGAUUCACAAACUUGUCUAGAGUGUAUAUUCAAGGUAUUAGAUUGCAGCUUGUUGACAUUUCAGACCAAUCUGCAUUUGUUCAGAUAGUUGCAAAGAUCUUGGGAACAUUGACCACAAUUGACAUAGGUUUAAACAGAGAUAUAAUGUUGAAAGAGAUCGAUAAUGGGAAGUUGGAUGAACUGAAGAUGGAUGCAAAGAAAAGAGUUGAUGCGAGGGCAGAGUUCCAAACUGUGGAAUUGUCCCUCGAACUUCUCACUGCAAUGAUUGAGCUCAUCUCGUAUAAUGACUCACUUGAUGCCGAAUUGGCCAACGCGCUAUGUACUCAAGUGCGAGACGUGUUAAUUGCGCUGAUUCCACAUUUGGAGUUUAGAUCAAGAGCUUUGACUGCAUUGAAUAAUUUGUCAUGGUUGUUCGUAUCAAUUCAAGUUCCACAAUGGACCUCAAUUGCCCAACAGAUAUGGGUAGAGCUCUCCCAGUUGGAUCUCUCUCAAUGUGAUGUUGAAGAAAAGACCUCUAUAUUUGGAUGUCUAUGGGCAAUUUUAAACGUUGUUCCGCUUGAACUGGACUCUUCCUUCGUACAAUCUCUAUGUCAAGAGUUGGACUCCAACUCAUCUUCCUCGGACAAUGUUGAAUAUUCGAUUCGCUUAGUUGGAGUGCUAUCCAUGUUGGCAAAGCAACAAGGCCAAGUGGAAAGAAACCUGUUGAUUUCUCAACUGUUGUUCAAUCUGUUAGAGAGUGAUAAGACACCUUCCAGACUAACAUUUGAAAUUCUUGAUCAGCUCUACGACAUUUAUGGUGAUUCUUUGUACGAUUACAACACCCCAGUCUUUGUAUCUCAGUGUUAUUUGAAGAGAUUGGAGCAGCUUGCUCCAAGGGUGAAGACCAGUUUCAAACUUGUCGACAAGAAUGUUGAUAAGGAGUUCAAAUUGAAGGCUGAGGAGAUCUACAACAACCUGGGCAGAUUCAUCGACUACAAGAAGAGUGAGGUAUAGUAAUAGAUUAUAUGUAUGUACUUUUACACGUAUACUAAAGGCAAACGUUUGUGUUCGUUUCGCUCGUAGGAACAGGGCUUUAACCAGCUUUGGCGUACUUCUUUGCCUGCUCUAUCACCUUCUUUUCGUAAAGAGCACGAUCUUUACCGAAUGCUCUCCAAGCCGGUUCCUGUGCUGGGGAAUCCGGGUUUGGUGUAUCCAAUAGUUCUUGUACGCCUAACAAGAUCUGUUUCAAGUUGAUACCAGGUCUCCAAUCUUGGUCCUCGUUCAAUAUCGAAAGACAGAUGGUUCCAGAGGGGUAAACGUUAGGGUGGUAGAACCCAGCUGGGAGCCUUACCUUCGGCGGUUUCGAAGGGAAAUCGUUGGGGAAUGUGAUCGUCAAUGGAUAAGUGGCGUUUUCCCAGAUGGUAUUGUCCUUUCCUGGGACACCAGCUGUCCAGCUCUGUAAAUUCAACGACCC